UUCCUUGGCACCACAAGACAGCUACUCUACACUGUCACUACUACAACCUCAUAGAAGCAUGCAGACCGCGUAGAAUGGCAGACAUGGGCAUACACGCACAAGGCAGCUACCGCACACGCGCACUCCACUACCUGAAAUCAAACAUAGACAGCCGCAACUCAGCACGGCAGCAACUCGCUGCAACCCGUACAUUCGGCAGCACCCCAACCCUCCUAGAUGAAGCAGGCGCAUAUGAAGCACCUACCAAGAAGGAGUGCUACAUAUUUCCAACCUACGCCAAACGGCACUAUCUCGACGCAGGACGCGAAAGGCUCGCCAUUCACGUCAAUGUCCAUGGAUGGGUCUUUACACCUGCGAUACCAGGCGCAUCCAGGCGCAAUCGCUAUACAAUGCUCCUCGCACGAUCUCUCGCUGGACUGCCCAAUAUGCCAGAGCCAAAGCGCGUCAGUACAGACCCGUUAGAUGGUGUCACAGAAUCCCCAUCCAUGCGCUCGACACUUGGCCGGUCUGCCGGCAGGUGGUUCAAGCGCAGUGCAAGCGAUUCAGACAGCAGUGAUAGCGAUCUGGAUUAUAGACCUCCUUCUCCAACCACAACGGCCGGCAAGCUCAAUUUUGAGCCUCCGCCGCGAGCCGACACAGAUGCCUCACUCGAAACAACCAGCUCAACAAGCUCCAAAUUCGAUCAAUUAUCUGAUCUUGAUCUACGCAUAUGCCACGACAAUCUCAACCUGCGGAUGGGCCCGUUUCUUGCUCGCUCAGAAGUGGGUAGACUCAUCAAGUUGCGUUUGCGGAUAGGUUCUCAUCAUGAAAGUAUUCAUGAAUUGCACACCCGUGACAAUGGCCAUUUCAAAUCUCGCAUUGCACUGCCGCUCGAUGCGCAACAUCACAACGAGGACCUUGUUCACGUCUCUGUUGUGGAAGACCCAGAGAUCAGCGCUGCUGCAGAAGUGCCCAUCAUUGGCGACGUUGGCAUUACCGUCAUUAGUGACAUGGACGACACCAUCAAGCACACAGGCAUCACCGAAGGUGUACGGGCGGCUUUUCGCAAUGCCUUCGUCAGGGAACACGAACAUGUCGAAGUGGACGGCGUUCGUCGUUGGUACAAGACUCUCAAGGAAGCCGGAUGUGCCUUGUCUUAUGUCUCAAAUGCACCCUGGCAGCUCUGGCCGUCCCUCUCGAAAUUUCUUGAAGCUGCAGGCCUUCCUUCAGGCUCUGUCACCCUCAAAGAGUACACCGGUGGCAUGCUGCAAAGCAUCUGGGAACCAGCAGCAGAAAAGAAGCGCGCCAAUGUACAAAAGAUCAUGGAAGAAUUCCCACAGCGCAAGUUUCUGCUCAUUGGUGACUCGGGCGAACAAGACAUUGAGCUCUACUCUGAACUUGCAGCAAGUGGUUUUGCUAAACAAAUCCUCGGCAUCUUCAUUCGGGAUGUGUCUUCCUCUGGCCAAGCUUCAACAACAGGCCUCUCCGGCGAAGACUUUUUCACUUCAGGAGCUCUGGACGACGAAAUUGAUGUACGAACUGCUCCCACUGAACCUGAACCCCCGAAACUCCCACAGCGCAAAGCCGUCAGUCUGAUUGAUCUUUCUGACCCUACGCCUCUCGAGCCAUCAAAUCAUAUGCAAGACUUGCUCAGUCUGCACUCCUCCAGCUCCACACAAAAGGCGCCUGUCAGCCAAGGAGAGACUUCCGCACCAGAGAGAAAGAAGCCAGAGGUGCCACCAAAGCCCACUUCUUUGAAACACCUGACCAAGCAGGUAGAGGAAAAAGUGGUUGAUAAGGUUGAGCAAGAGCGCGCUAAAAGACCCAUCCUUCAACGCGAUGCAAGCAGCAGCUCUCUCUUGUCUGGUCUGACAGGUCGAACACGAAAAGCUGGAGCAGGAGUUGUCAAUCAAAUCUCAAGCACUUAUUAUGGACAACGUGGAGUCAAUGAACAGCUUCGCCGCAAUGAAGCCUGGCAGCGUCGAGUCGAGCGAGCAAGAUCAUUACUGCCUAGCCACAUCAAGCUAUAUAUCUGGAAGACGGGUGCAGAUGCGGAGCACCACAGCGUCGAGCUCAUUCGCAAGAAUCAGCGAAAUCGACCUGCUGAUUGAGAGGGCUGGUUGUCGAGCACGGUGAACCAUUCCUGUCGUCUACUCGGCGCCUCGAGCUGGACAACCUUUCGCGGCACUCCUUCGAGCCUUUGCCCAUCCACCAGAUCCCAUCCAUCUUGCCAGCCCGGAUGGUGCGUCAGCGCUUGUAGCUCAUCUAGAGAUUGCACGAGAUCGCGCUGCGCUUUCGCCGUCUGCACACGAUCAGCCAUCGAUGGGCUGGACCACGAGACG